AUGACGGAAAAAACGUUUUUUAAAGAACAAGAAAAAAAUGUUUUAUUUGUUCAAGCGAAUGUAACAUCAGAAGAAGAAAUAACUAAAGCUAUUCAACAAGCAAUUGAUAAAUUUGGGGAGAAUAUUCGUGGAGUUUUAAAUUGUGCUGGUGUACUUGUAACAGGAAAAAUUGUUGAUUCAAAAGGGAUGCCACUAAAUUUAGAUUCAUUUAAAUUUGCUAUUAACGUUAAUUUGGUAAAUACAAAUUUUUAA